GUGUCAUGCAAGAUGCUCAAACAAAAUCCCCCUCAUGUAUGAAGCAUGUUUAACCCGUUGCUUCCAGUUAGUCUCCUCCCUCAGGUAUCUGUCCCAAUCUGGCUAUAAAUUCAGACAUGCGACGAGCCAAAAUUCAUGCACCUUUUUCUUCUGAGCUCUUCAGUAAGAUUCUACCAAGAAGAUUUUUACCUCUCAGAAGACUGAAAACUUCAUCUACGUCCCGUCCACUGAGCCAGCAGCAUCUCCACUCCUGAAGGCCCCACUCUUCUCUUCUCUGCCUCCAGAAGACUCAUCAUCUUGUCCACCAGCAUGACUCCUCGGUCUCUGCUCCUGUCCCUCCUGGUUCUUCUGUCUUUCUACAGCACUGCCUGGUGCAGCCCAAUGUGCAACAACCAUUGCUGUCGAUUCGUGGAGGGUUUUCCUGUCCGGCUAAAGAAGCUCAGAGAGGACUAUUCACAGAUCAGAGACUACUAUGAAGCAAACGACGACUUGGACACAGCGCUGCUAGACGAGAGCGUGGAGGAGUCCUUUAAAAGCCCGUUUGCCUGCCACGCCAUGAACAGCAUACUGGAGUUUUAUCUGAACACGGUGCUGCCCACAGCCAUGACCGGAGUGACGGAGGAUACCAGGAAUCUAAAGCCGUACAUGGAGUCCAUACAGCAGAUCUUCGACGAGCUCAAGAGUGAGGUCACCAAAUGUAGAAAUUACUUCUCCUGCAAGAAACAGUUUCAAAUCGAAAACCUAAACUCUACUUACACUCAGAUGGAGGGUAAAGGUUUAUUUAAGGCCAUGGGCGACCUGGAUGUGCUGUUUAACUACAUUGAGAUGUAUCUGGCUUCUAAACGGCACAGACACACAGUGGCCGCUGCUUGAAGACCUGCUGACCUGAAUUAAACUGUGACUUUGUCCAUGUCAGAAAUAAGAGGGGACAGACAUUGACUCUUGAAAUCCGUUACUGUCAGUCGUAUGAGUGUUGUUAAUGAGUGUUGUUGCUGCUUGCUGAACUGAUGUCUUUAUUAUUGUGAGACUUCUAUUUUGUCCUGAGGACAAGCUUAUGUUUGAAGACCAUAUUGUGUCUUACACACAUGAAGAUACAACCAAAACAGUUGCUUUGAAGCUGUGAUAUUUAUUUGUCAUAUAUUUUAUGUAUUUUUGUAUUUAUUAUGACUAUUUUUACACUGUUAAAGAGGAAUAAAUGAC